AGGCGAGGCAAGGUGGGCGGCGGGGACAAGGUGGGCGCUACUGUGCGGUAUAUACAUACACUCUGUAUAUAUAGAUCUAGAGACCGGCUUCAGCAGAAGAAGCCAGGAGGCCAGAAAAGAAGCAGAUUGUUCCACACGCAAGGGCACCCAUCCCACCGUGCAUCCCACACCGUUCUCGUUGAGCGGUUGUCGCCCUUCAUAGCGACCGGUUGUUUUCCCUAGUUCAGGCCCAUAAGAGAAAAACUACCUAUAUUUCGGGGUUCCCACGGCAACCCUCCACCUUCCACCAAAACAACACCACAUACCCCAGGCGCAAUGAAAGCGCUGUCACUUGUAUGCGCCAGUGCGUGCUUGCUUGCCGCUUCUGCGGAAGCUGCGUGUGAUUGGUCCACGGGCUCGUGCAGCGUCCCGCUCGUAAACCCUCGGUAUAAGAUUCACAAGGCAAAGAUCGCGCAACACAUGGCGAAAGCUCCAAUUGGUCGAUUUGGAAAAAGGCAAAUAGUGGUCAAUUCUUUGAACGGCACAGGGGACGCUGGCGGCACUCUCUUUGCGGUAAGUUGGUGGAGAACAUCUGGUUCAACCUAUAUAACGCAACCUGACCCAAUUGGAAUACAGUAUCACGGAGGUCUUAGUCUUGGAACUCCUGCUCAAAACUUUUCGAUCCUCUUUGAUACCGGUUCGCAAGCACUGUGGGUCCAGGCGCGAACGACAGCCGGAACCCUCAACACCGCCGGGGGUAUAUUCGAUACCUCGAAGAGCACCACGUUCCGCUCUCUCAAUCAGGCUGCGGAAAAGAUCGAGUACGUUGAUGGCACUGCUGUCAGCGGUACUCUGGUACAAGACACGGCAGCGAUUAACGGCCUCUCCGUCGCAAACCUUACAUUCGAGGUUGCAACGUCCAUCACAUCCCCACAAGGUCAAAAUCCCUCGGAUAUGGACGGCAUCAUGGGAAUGUCGUUCUCCCUGCCCACCGCAAAUCAGAUCCCUACAUUCUGGGAGCGCCUGGUGUCCGACAAGAAAGUCACCUCACCAGCAUUCGGAUACUUCAUCGACGAGACAAACGCUGGCGGCGGCUUGUCGUUGGGCGGAAUCGACAGCUCCCGUGUCGCUGGCCCGAUGCAAUACGUACCAGUAGCGGCAUCUGGCAACAGCGCUGCCGGGGAGCCCGUAUAUCUCUUCUGGCAAUCCAUCUUGUCUUCAAUCAACGUCGGCGGCGGUGGCAAGUUGGGAAUGUCGAGUAACUUUGGAGUGGUUUUCGACACGGGCACAAGUUUGGCUGUUUUCCCAGUGAAGGUCGCAAAUUCGCUGAACAAGGCCUUGGGACUCCAGUUGGCCACACAAAACGAACCAUAUCUCUACGUCAAGGACUGUUCUGACAACAAGAUUCCUGCCGGAUUCCCCGAUGUCACUCUCAUGUUCGGCAGCCAUAAUCUGACCGUUUCCCCGAAUGAAUACUUUUUCAUGCAACCGGGAGACAACCCAGGACAGAUCUUAUGUGUCUCCGGAUUUGCAGGGCAGGACAUUUCAUCCAGCUCAACCGUCUCGAGCGGCAAACAGCUUCUCGUCCCUCAGGCUAUCCUGGGAAAUGUGAUCCUGCGAAAGUUCUACACCGUCUUCAACUCCGGCGACCAUACCAUUGGGUUCGCCGUCGCUAACCGCAAGCUGAACACUCCUCCGGACCUCACAACCCCACCGGCAACCUCCGCACAAGGGUCGUCCGGCAGUAGUUCCGCAGCGCCAAAGCUGGACACCCGUUUCGCUGUCGUCACAUGCGUCUUGGGUCUUUUCAUCUCUGUCGCUAACUUCAUCUAAGAUAGCAAAUACCUCCCAUCAAGGCGUUUCCUCUCCACAUUUUUUUCGUUUUCUAUCGUACUCGGCAUUCCGCGGAGGCUUUACAGUAUAGCGAAGCAUGCUUUUGGAAUCUGAGGUAUAUAGAGGGCUGGCGCGUUGCUUCCAUUUCUCCGUGGGUUAAGAUUGGGGAGUCCAAUCUCUGAGGGUUUGUCCCCAGUUUGUAUAUAUGUACAUUAUCAAUAACAUCUGCAUAGAGAGAAUACCA